CGCUGAUCCGAACCCGAUUGAUGUGAUGUUUGUGGAUGGUUGACACAAAAGAAUUUGAUGUCAAUGUCACAUGGACUACGGCUGGCGCUGAAUUUUCUCUUUUUGGUAGGCAGCUUACGGGGAGAAGGAAGAAACAGACGGCAAGAGAAGCAAAGGCGGGAAAAGCAAUCGCGUCCCUGUAAUGUUUAGCGCCAAGGCGGCUGGUUGCUGAAUCUUUGGCUUGAACAUGUGUUCAAUCUACGGGUAGACCUAGGGGGGGAAAAUACUCAUAUUAAAGUAUGGUUUUUCUCCCUCGAGAUCGAGACAACACUUGGCUCAUUGUUUGCCGCUCGACAACAAAGUACAUGCAGUUCGGGGUCUUUUUUUUUCGAUCAAGGUGGCAACACUUGUCGUUUUUCUCAGCGAAAGAAUCUGCAAUGCAACCUAGGGCAGAGUGUGAGCGGGGGUGAUAGAGAUUGAUAACUGUCUGGUACCUGUCGCUUCGUCCGAAGAUAGCGACGUACCCCGGACCUGACCGUCCAGGCCGAAUAACGGGGAUAGGUUUGGUAGGACUAGUAAGCUUAAAGAAGAAAUAAAAAAGAGAAAAAAAAAAGAAAAAAAAGGGACGUAUCCCCAGGACCAUUCACUGUCUCUUCCCUCUCCACGUCUGGUCUUCUUUUCUUAAAUCGUUUCUUUCAUAUCUCCAUAUAUAAGUUGCCUAGGUACCAGCCCUGCCUGUACCUUACUCACAUCUCGCCCACGUUUGGCCUUGACAGUCGAAGCACAUAUAGAUUGUCCAAAAACACAAAGCCAUGGAAGAGACUCGCGAGCUACCGGCAGAGGCCAUGCCGGUCUCGGCGCCACAACGGCGCACAAUGGGCGACUAUGCGAGGCGAGUCAAGAGGUCACUGACGACGCGCGACGGCCUCGUCGGGAACUACGACUACAAGUACCUGUUUACGCCAAAGCUGCCGUUCAUGAAGACGCCGCGGUCGGCGGCUCCGUUCUUCGGCCUCAACGACCGCAUGCCCGUGUUCCUGGCCAUGCUGCUCGGCUUCCAGCACGCGCUGGCCAUGCUUGCCGGACUGAUAACGGUGCCGCUGCUCCUCUCGGGCACCGGGGGCGCCAACCUCCCGCCGGCCACGCAGCAGUACCUGGUCUCGUCCGUCAUGAUCGUCGCCGGCAUCCUGUCCACCGUCCAGAUCACGCGCUUUCACCUCUUCAAGACCCCCUACUAUCUCGGCACCGGUCUCAUCUCCGUCGUCGGCUGCUCCUUUGCCGUCAUCCCCGUGGCCACCGGCGGCAUCAAGCAAAUGUACGCCAGCGGUUUCUGCCCGUCCGGCCCAGACGGCACCCCGCUGCCGUGUCCCGAUGCCUACGGCGCUCUCUUGGGCACCGCGGCCGUGUGUGCUCUGUUUGAGAUCUUGCUGUCUUUCUUGCCGCCCAAGGUCGUGCUGCGCAUCUUUCCUCCCAUUGUCACCGGGCCGACGGUGAUGCUUAUCGGAAUCUCGCUCGUGAGAUCGGGCUUCACCAACUGGGCAGGUGGGACAGGUCCUUGUAGCAACGCAGACCCAACUCCCUUUUUCGCCAGUUGUCCCAACAUCAACGCACCUCACGCUCUCCCCUGGGGAAGUGCAGAGUAUCUCGGACUCGGCUUCUCCGUCUACAUGACCAUCUUCCUGUGCGAGCGCUUCGGCGCACCCCUGAUGCAGUCGGCAGCCAUCGUCAUCGGCCUGGCCGUCGGCUGCAUCAUCGCCGCGGCGACUGGCUACUUUGACAACUCGGGCAUCAACAGCGCGCCCGCCGUGUCCUUCAUCUGGGUCCAGACCUUCAAGCUGCAGGUCUACCCGCCGCUCGUCCUGCCCAUGAUGGCGGUCGUGCUGAUUUGCAUGUGUGAGACCAUUGGAGACAUCACGGCCACCUGCGACGUGAGCCGUCUCGAGGUUGAGGGCAGGAUGUACGAGAGCCGUAUCCAGGGAGGCGUGCUGGCUGACGGUGUCAACAGUAUUUUUGCGGCCUUGAUGACCAUCACUCCCAUGACCACCUAUGCUCAGAACAAUGGUGUCAUUGCCCUGACGCGUUGUGCGAACCGGAAGGCGGGAUACUUUUGCUGUCUCUUUCUUAUAAUCAUGGGCGUCUUUGCCAAAUUCGCCGCGGCCCUCGUCGCGAUCCCCGCUCCCGUCUUGGGCGGCAUGACCACGUUCCUCUUCUCCUCGGUCGCCGUGUCGGGCAUCGCCAUCAUCACCAAGGGCGUGCCCUUCAACCGCCGCAACCGCUUCAUCCUGACCGCGGGCCUGGCCCUGGGCUACGGCGCGACUCUGGUGCCGACCUACUUCCACAGCGUCUUUGGCCCGACCGACAACGGGUCGCUCCAGGGCUUCCUCAACGCCAUCGAGCUCAUCAUGGAGACGGGCUUCGCCGUCGCCGCCUUCAUCUGCGUCGUCUUCAACCUGCUGCUGCCGGACGAGGUGGUGGACGAGGCCGACGACGCGGCGCAGCAGCAGCUCCGCGGCGGGGCGGCGUCGUCGUCGUCUGCUGCUGACCUCUCGGAGCGCGGUGAUGCUCACCCGCCGUCGGGCAAGGCGGCAGAGAGGGGAGGCGUGUCGCAGGUGGUGGCGUCGGGCGGGGAGGCGGGGUCUGAUACCGGCAUCGAGCACAAGGUCAAGGACAGCUAGGGGCUUGAUUUGACACUCGGCUGGUGAUUGUACUGUCUUUGUGAGAGGGGGCGCUGGCUUUUGUUAGAGUAUCUGAAUACCAAGAUUCACCUUGAAAC